GUUACCUACGUGUUUUUCAGGAAUAUCUUUUGCCCCAUAUAAUAGUCCAAUGAUGACCAAAUUACAAUAUCUGAAUGUGUAUCUGACUGAGCGUUUGAUGCAAGCUGCCGAGGAGAUACUUGGAGUGGUCGGAGACACGAUCUCCGAAUACCAGGAAGAAAUAACCCGGACAAAGAGAGAGAACCAAUACCUGAAACGACACUUGAUCACACCGGUCCUACCUGCUCCUCAGCCCAUUGUCUCUUGGGUCUCGGAGCAGCAAACUCCCCCUGAGCAACAGCACUGUGAGCAGGAGUGGAGCCCCAGUAUGGGGCAGGAGGUCACAGAGCCCACACAGAUUAAACAGGAACAGGGUGAACUCAGGACUCGUCGGGAGGUAGAGGAGAUUCAAGGGCCGGAGGCUGAUACCAAAGAAGACUCCAUAAUCAUUCCUCCCUGUGUGAAAAGUGACUGUGAUCAGGAGCCACCUCAGCCCCCACAUCUUCCCCAAACUGUGGAGAACAGAGAGAAGUACUCUCUAUUGACCAACACAACUGAACAGAUCAAAACAGAACCCGAUGGAGAGGGCUAUGGAGUAUCACUAUCAGAACCAACCAGUGACUCCCCUCAGUCUCAGCCCCUCUCUGCAGUAAAUCCAGACUGUUCUAGAACACAGAGUGAGAACACUGACAGUGUUACUGAUGUUUCGAGAGAUCCAGAAAGGAGACCAGAGGACACACAGACACACUCAUGUACUCAGUGUGGAGCCGUGUUCUGUGAGCUUUCCCAACUGGAGGCACACAUGCUAUCCCACACAGUACCACACAGUGGUGACACUAGUCACAGGCAAAUCCUCUGCACAGUCUGUUGGAAGUCAUUCACCUCUACCAGUUACCUCAAGGUCCACAUGUGUUCUCACACUAAUGAGAAGCCCUUCCACUGUGGUGUGUGUGGCAAGAGUUUCAGCUACUCAGGCAGGUUCAGGGAGCACCAACGCAUCCACACUGGAGAGAGACCGUACCGCUGCCACGUGUGUGGUAAGCGCUUCAACCGGUCUACCCAUCUGAAGACCCACCUGAGGGUCCACACGGGGGAGAAACCCUACUCCUGUCCUGUCUGUGGAAAAGGAUUCAGUCAGUCCAGCCAGAUCAAAGGACACCUCAGAACUCACACCAGAGGGAGGUAGGAGAAAGAUGCUUUGGAGUGGAAAGACCCCAUGAGGGGAUAGACAGAGCUUUCUGUUCUCACAGUGCCCAGCUUUUAGGAAGAGAAAGAGAUAAAGACAUUACUUCUCUUCAAUGCUACUAAUUCUACAUACACUACAUGGCAAAAGUAUGUGGACACCCCUUCAAAUUAGUGGAUUCGGCUAUUUCAGCCAAUCCCGUUGCUGACAGGUAUAACAUUUACUUUUAGUUGACUUUCAAAGUGACACCAUCAUACCACCUUUGCCACAUUUCCCACAAGUCAGAUCGUCAAAUUUCUAGAGCUUCCCCAGUCAACUGUAAGUGCUGUUAUUGUGAAAUGGAAAAGUAUAGGAGCAACAAUGGCUCAGCCGUGACUCGGUAGGCCAUACAAACUCACAG